AUGUCGAUUUCUCCGAGAGAUAGAAGUUUUAAAGCAAGUGGACUACCACCUUCAGUAGCCGAGCUGUUCAAGCUAUGGAAGAUGCUGUCUGGACCUCCUAAGAACCUUAGAGAAGAAUACGUCCCACUUCACUUUAGAAUAUAUGGCAUGGAUCGUAUGAACCGUGAAGUAGUAAGGGUCGAAGUUAUCGACAAACUAGGUGCUUAUGUGUUCGAUGGACCUAACAAACGCUACUAUCAUCCACUAGUAAUCAAAAACAAGGUCAAACGCAGUCAAUUUCAAGCCAAGGAGGAUUUAUCUACAAGAAUAACUGAGGCAUGUAAUGAUGUUCCACCAAAGCAUCUUAGAGCAUUUGUAUAG